CAGAUGCGCGUGGGUCAAGCGACGUAUAGUCUUCACCCACCCGCCUGCCCGCCACCCAGCUAGCGCGCGAGCCGGCGACUUCAUCAGAGCGUGACUUUGAUUUUUCCAGCCGGUCCAGACAGCAGCCGUGCGCCUGCGACCCCAAAUGCGAUGCGCGGAUGGGAGGCCGCCUCUUCCCCCGCGGGGUGCCCGUCUACUGCGUCUUCUCCGCCGCCCUAUGUUCGCGCGACACCUCAGGAAUUGCGCGGACGCGCAUCGCUGGAAAGGUCUGGUGCGCCACGCUCCUAGCCGGGGCCCGCUUGAAUCGGCAGCGAAUGACCAGCACUGCCGCGUUGUCCCGCCCUUCCCGCCCGAUGGUAAAACGUGCUACAGGCCGAUGGACUCCUGGGAUUUGGCGUAAUCAGAUAUGCUCAAGGUCUGCAGCCUCGGUCGCCUCGUGCCUGCAGACCUCGACGAUGGAGUCCGGAAGUCUGGCCUCGGCGGGCACGGUCAAUCGGCGUAUGCGGUCACGGCGGCUCUGAUCCUGAGCCUUGGGCUGCGUCGUCAGCUCCCCUCGAUGACGGGCUGCUCGGACUUGGGGGCGGCGUACGGACAACAUUGUCUGUGUCGCUCAUAGGUUCCAAGAGAAAGGGACACCCGGAUUUGGAAGGUGGGCCUUCCGCGCGCCA